AUGCCCCUCGUCAAUGAUAUUCCUCAGCUGGAUGGUGUUUAUAUCUUCAAUGAUAUUAAAACCCUACAUGAAGAAUGGACAAAAAAAUGGCAAAAAAUCAAGAGCGUUCAUUCCAACAUUGAUGACAUAUGUAAAGGAUUACAAUUGGAUAUUAAACAAUACCAUCAAGACUCGAUAGCCAUAAGUUUUAUCACAGUAAAUGAAAUGGCUUCAACUGAUAAUUUAAAUCAGUUGGAGCCCACCUUUAUGUAUACCCAGCUAUUCAAGGAAAUUCUUCUUGAUAUGGAACAUAAUAAACAGGCUGUCAAAGACUUUAUUACUUACUGUCGAGAUCAUGACUGCGUGGCACCAAAAUAUAUUGACCGUUUUGAAAAAGAAUACGAUCCUCAAUUAGCGAUUUGGUGGUAUAGUCUCCAAUCCAAUAUUUAUUAUAUGCUCAACUAUGCUCUUCGAACACUGGACGCCGAUAUAAUUAUUACUAUGGGCUUCUUUCUACGUGAUGUACAUAAGCAAAUUCAACAACUAUACAAACAGCAGGUCAGCAGUUAUGAUGGAAAGUCUUUUGAAGUAUAUCGAGGGCAAGGUCUUAUGAAAUCAGACUUCGAAAAACUUCAGAAAACAAAAGGUGGACUAAUGUCAUUUAACAAUUUUUUGUCCACUAGUAAAGAUAAAGAAGUGUCUCUUGGAUUUGCUGAAUGUGCUUCGACAAUACCGGAUACGGUGGGUGUUCUAUUCAUAAUGUCCAUUGAUCCUUCUAUUAAAUCAACACCAUUUGCCUCGAUCAAAGAGAUGAGUGCUGCUGAGAGAGAAGAAGAAAUUCUCUUCUCAAUGCACACCGUUUUUCGAGUGGGUGUAAUUCAACAAAUGGACAAUACGGAUCAACUUUAUCAAGUUCAAUUACAAUUAACAUCGGAUGAUGAUCAACAAUUACGGUUACUUACUAAUCGAAUACGAGAAGAAGCUGGUGCUAAUACAGGAUGGAGAAGAUUAGGUAAAUUAUUGCUUACAACUGGUAAAUUUAACAAAGCUGAAGAACUUUAUAACAUCUUGUCAGAAAAGACAUCCGAUGAGAACGAAAAGCAGUAUUAUUAUAAUCAACUGGGAUUGGCCCAUCGGAACCAAGGUAAUUAUGAAAAAGCUAUUUGGUAUUACGAACAACGACUUGAAAUUCAACAAAAAAUUCUUCCUUCAAAUCAUCCUGAUUUGGCUAUUUCAUACAAUAAUAUCGGUAAUGUGUAUCACAAGAUGGGAGAGUACUCGAAAGAACUUUUAUUUUACGAAAAAGCACUUGAAAUUCAGCAAAAAACUCUUCCUGCAAAUCAUCCUCAUUUAGCGCAGUCAUACAAUAAUAUCGGUAAUGUGUAUCACGAGAUGGGACAGCACUCGAAAGAACUUUCAUUUUUUGAAAAAGCACUCGAAAUUAGACAAAAAACUCUUCCUUCAAAUCAUCAUUCAUUCGCCACUUCAUACAACAACAUCGGUAUGGUGUAUGUAAAUAUGAAAGAUUAUUCGAAAGCACUCUCAUUUUUCGAAAAAGCACUGGAAAUUAAACAAAAGAAUCUUCUUUCAAACCAUCCUCCAUUUGCUACUUUAUACAAAAACAUCGGUUUUGCGUAUGAAAAUAUAAAAGACUAUUCGAAAGCACUUUCAUUUUACGAACAAGCACUUGAAAUUGAAGAAAAAACUCUUCUUCCAAACCAUCCUUCAUUGGCUAUUUUAUACAAAAACAUCGGUUUUGUGUAUGAAAAUAUGAAAGACUAUUUGAAAGCGUUGUCAUAUUAUGAACGUGCUCAGGACAUUAGACAACGUAAAUUACCUUCAAAUCAUCCUAGUAUUAAAAAUGUGAUAGAGAGUAUUGAGAUUGUGAAAGAAGAAGUUAGAAAGAAUAGUUGA